AUGGCUUGCGCCACCCUCAAGAGGUCUUACGAAUUUGAUCCUUUGCUUACUGCUCAACACCAACCUUCGCCAAAAAGAAGAAGAUGCGUUCCGCUCAAACCAUCAACACCACCUCCUGCCGUAACAACAGAGUCGCAUUUUGUGGGUGUUGCUCCAAGAUUGUCCCAUGGUAUUGAAAAUUUUAUUUAACCUCUUACUUAUGCAUAUGUACCUUGACUUAAGCUGUAUCUUGUUAGUUUUGUGUAGCUCUCGACGCUUAGUAUUCCUUGCCAGCUUAUUUUGUUUUGUCAUGGCUGUUGAUGUAAAGUAGCGAGUAUUGGUUCAAGGGGAUCUGUUUAAGUUAAACUCUCUUUCAACGUUUUUAAAAACUUCACAUUUGCCUUGGACGUACAUCGGCGUAUUGCGUCGUUUGCUCUAUUCAUCUAUUCAAGUGAGUCAAUUUAUUGUGAAUUUUUUUACUUACCCUGCAGUAUUGAUCGGCCACCAAAGUCACCCGAGAAAUCGUUCUGUUCUUUGAGUCAAUCGAGAUUUUUUAAAAAAGAACUUUCUCUUCGUUAUAUGUACUUAGGUUUCCUUAUCCAUGAGGUUGCAAAUUUCCUCGAGGGGCUUGUUUGAAUGCAAUACUGUGUUUCACAUUUGCUUAAAUUUCAUCUACGCAUUUUUAAACACAUGGUGUUAUGUUAUAAGUGGAAAUUUCUUCUUAGAGAAAUAAUGCAACUCAUUUUUAAUUUCCUAAUAUGUGGCCAUCACUUCUUAUUUCUCAAACACCGUACUAUCGUAUAAAAAGAUUCUUUGGAGUGACGAUGUUGUUCUCUCAAAAAGAUAAUUCUUAAGGGAACGUUCCUUUUUGAGAACUUUUGUAUGGAAUGCUUCUAUAACAAACAAUAGAUAACAUGUGCUUUUAUGUCGCUAAAAAGGCUGUUUCCUGCAAUGUUUUACUUGUGUAGAUAUUGGCAUGCAAAUUGGGAUGUAGAAGUCUCUUGAAUGCAUUAUUCUUUUUUGUCACCAAGUCGAAGCAAACAUUAACGUUGAUGAUAUUUGUUGUUGGUAAAGCUAUAAAAUUGCUGCUGCUGCUGUGUGAAAGACUAUAAAAAUUUCAUUUCUUCUUCUGUUUGAAUUUUGCUAAGCAUAAACGUAAGAAGGACAGAAGGGAAACAGUGUGAGCGUAAGCCACACACAGGUAGAAAAGUUGCUAUUUUUUCUUAUGAGUGAAACAGAACCUAAAAUAAUAGGACAAGCCAUUGUGUUAAAAAAUGAACUGGCAGACACUUAUUUCUGGUUUGGUUAUACAUUCAGUGGACCAGUAACACCACAAAAUCCUCUAAAUUCAAGGAUUCAUGACAAAAUAUGAUACAAAACAUGUCCCAGACAACAGAUUUUGAAAUUGGUACCUUGUUUGCUCUAAUUGACAGUCCAGUCAAUCUUUUGCAAUUUAGAAAUGUGUUUGACUGGUGAUUAGGUUUAGGUCCUCUGUUUAUUGUGUAAUGUGAACUAUGUAUGAACCUUUUUAGAUCAAGUUACAGCCAGCAUUCAUCAGGAAUGGAGACGCCUGCAGCGACGUAGACACCUUAGAGUACCCUGUCCAAGUUCUCCAGAAAUGAGCGCUUUCUCCUCAUAUUCGCCUGGUUCUUCACCACCACGAAAAGAGCAACCCCUCUUCACCCUGAAACAAGUCACUCUUAUCUGUGAAAGGAUGUUAAAAGAAAGAGAAGCACAAAUAACAGAGGAAUAUGACAAAGUUUUAAGAGAAAAACUUGCCGGUAUGUGAGUGUGUGGUCAUGUUGUUUAGUAUUUUGUAUGACUGACUGUUAGGCUUUGUUCUAAUCAGAUCACCCCUUCUUUUUUGGUUGAAGUACACUGUCUUGUGACUGAGAACUAUUUGUAACGAGACUUCCAAGAUUUCAACAGUGCAUGCACCCUAUUCCAAAAUGGCAGCAAAUUUUGUUAUUCUUUUGUCUUUAUGCUAAGUUGUCUUCAACACCUAAUUCUUUUCAAUUCUGCAGAUGCAAUUAUUGAGGAAAAAAGAGCUAAUUAAAAUAAAUAUAAAAGAAGGGUGAUAUUGUUGCAAUUCUGGAAUUGGGUGUGUUCUGACUAUUGAAACCCUCAUAAUAUGGCCAAGAAUAUUGCUCUUUAAUGAUGCUCUGUAGAUUACAUAGGGUGAGAUGAAUAUUAAAGAAGUGGCUUGUUCUUUGGGCAUACUGUUGCUGAAGUUUUCUAGCCUUGAGCUGUUGUUCUUGUUUGCAAAUGGUGAUGUCCAGGUUGGCGUCACUGCCAGAUUGUAGCCCGCAGAGUGUUGUGUACAGAUUUGUUUAGGUUCUAACUGAUAAAAUAGCAUUUAUUUUUUUCCUUUGUAAAUCCUAGAACAAUAUGAUGCAUUUGUCAAGUUUAAUUAUGAUCAAGUACAGAGGAGAUUUCAAGAGACAGCACCAACAUGUAAGUGUCCUAGUUUUAAUGUUUUACUAAUCUAUGCUUAUGUUAUGAGGUUUGUUUACAUUCAAAACUGACCUUAGGGGUUUGUAUCAAAGGGGUUAUUUAGAAAUAAUAAACGUUAUAGAUCCACUUAUUUGGUGAAACCAGAUGAAUUUUCAAAGGCUGAUUUAUCUCGGCAAUCCAUGGCCUAAUCUCCUUGCUCAGAAUAGCCUGCCAGAGACAUUUCACAAGUGUUGACUGCAUUUUGACCUCAAAAGCCCAUACUUUUGUUCCAGAAUCUGGUUAUGAGUUCUGGGUAUGCCAAAGCUACCAAGAAAGACUUAUUAGAGAGCUUUAGAUUUGAGGACAAGAACAUUUACGAGUGCAAGAUUUAACUUAAAGUUUUUUAUGCAUGUUCUCAAAAAGAGACACCCCAGAAAGCUUCAUUUUAUGUUUUUUUCUGCCCGAAAGUUAGUACAGAUAAUUAUACUUAAUGAGGUUAAACCCUCUCCCUAUAGCAAAAUGAUAAAACUUCUUACAUUUAAUAACUUGUUCCUGCCACUACAACAUUCUCGCUAAAACUCGUAGUAGAAUAAGAACGGCCAUCAUGUUUUCCCGCCAAAAUGACACUAGUUCACGGGUGAACAAUACUCAGUAUUGAGAAAAUCUAGCACUCAUAGUCAUCCUUAUCUCAGAAUCUAAAGCUCUCUAUUCCUCGGGAAAAUAUUUGCUUUACAAGAAGUGUAUGAGGUUUGCUGUUGCCAGUUCAAAGCAUAACUUAAAACUUCGUGGUUAACAAUCUGGAGAAACAAACACUCAAACAAAUCUACAGUAUAUCUGGGACCCUUUGACUACCUGAAUUGUUAUCAAUGUGAACAUUGCUGUCAAAGAAAAUGGUAUGGUAUUUUUGAAGCCAAAAUGCAGACUUCUUUCUUGUGAAAGGUCCCCAGUAGUGGAUUGUAAAGAGAGGCGGUUGUAUUCACAGACUAGAGCUAAUAGUUGUUAAUUAUCUAAAAUCUGGCCAUUACUUUUCAUUUGUUUCUGACUCCAAAAUUAUCAUUUAAUAAUUUCAAUUCAAAAGUGUAAUGAUGAACAGCUUAUACUGUUCUUUUGAAAAUGUGGUCGACUCUAGACAAACUUCGUCGUGGUAGAAAUACAAAUAAAGUCAAACUUGGUAAAUAGAGACAGUGGGGCAUGCAAAAUGUCCAUAUUAUCAGGGUGGCCGUGUAAAGCAGGUUUUAGAGAAAAUGCAAUGUAAGGACUUUCUGUCCCAGUGACAAAGCAAACUGUCCAUACUAAUGAGGCGUCCAUAUUAGGUGGGUGUCAGUAAUGCAGGGUUUGACUGUACUUUUUCUUUCUUUAGAUCAAGAAAUAACAAAGUUAACAUUGUCUUUUUCUUUUUAGAUGUGUCAUAGAAUUGAUCCUGAGCUGGCUCAGAAAAUGGUUCUGCUCUUCCAAAUAUUUUACAUUAUAAACCAUGUGUAGGUGGAGUUUAUGGUGAUGCUGCUUUGUUAUGGACAAUAAUAACUGAUAAUACAAGUGCUGAGCAACAAAUACAACAGACUGUUUUCUAUAUCAUCUUCAGUGACUCCUAUUCCAGACUUUUUUACCUCAUCUCAUGUGGGCAGCGUCAGCAUAACAGCAAUCGGUUCAUUACAAUAAUAUUAAACAGACGAGAUCGUUUUCCUUGGAUCUUUUCAAAAUUAAGUGACGUUUGCAUUAUUUACCUCUAAACAUUUCCCUUCAUUUUUUUUCUUGAUUUCUCUUGAAUACUGUUUUGAUGUUUACUGAAUGUAAAUACAGUUGUAAAUAAGGCCAGCUGAUUAGUUCAAGUUGUAUAUCUGUUGUUUAUUAAUCUAGAGUUUUAAAAGUCUUGCGUUGUCUGAUGACAUAAAUUGUGUUAAAUGAUUAUUAUUAGGGAGUGACAGGGCAAUAAAAUUUGUGUUAUUCAACUUUGGCUGGACAACACAUAAUUAUUUGAUUUUUGCUGUUCCACUGUUUACAGGGCUUAAAAUAAUGGCGGGUCAACAGACACAGUGUCCCAACUGAAUGGUGACCUGACCAGCCAAGAACUUCACUUGCCGGUCAUGUUAACCAGUCACGCACACCCUCAUUCUUGAACAAACAGCCAAAUCCUCACCUGUAAAUCUUAGAUUUUUGUUUGUUUGUAUAGUGCAUCUUUUAAACUUGACUGUCACAAUGUUGUCCGUGCUUUUACUCAGGCAUUUUCGGAGCCAGUUAGUUUUUUGGUUAGAGUUUUUAGACCACGCCAGGUUUCUACCUCGGGUAUGAGUGGUAGAAGUCCCCCCCCCCAAAUGUCCAGCUUCCUUCCCAAAAAUAUUGUUAUCGUGAUGGAAAGUAAGUAACUAUAUCGGAAAAAUUAUCCAGACGCGACGAGGUCAGUGCACACACUGUAACAUUACACAAAAUUUUGUCUCAAAGUGCACCAGAUUGCAUCUCAGCACAUAUUCAUUUCAAAAAAUUUCCGGGGGGCAUUCCCUUGGUCCCCCCUAGGAAGCUCAUAGCCUUCGGCUACUCGGGACUUCUCCCCCAACAGAUAAAUUCUAGAUAGAACCGUGGACGCAAGGGGAACACAUAAAGAGGACUUCCCUCGUGCAUUCGUGGGUGUUCUCGAAAUUUCUCCUCUUGCCCUGACAAAACCCACACUUACUGUGCAGGCUACACACCAUGAUUUAUGCAUGCAAGUGUUAGCAAAAUAAAUUAAGUUCCAGAGUGCCCUACUUCCUAUUUCCAUUUGGAUAUAUUACAGCUGUACGUUUUCAUAUCGGAGGUAUUUUAUAACGCAAGCUGUCGUUCAUGUGUACUGUGAAUUCCAUUGUGUCGUGACUAGAAUGCUAAGGCGUUAGCAAGAUCGAACCUGUUGACUAAGAGUAUUAUGGUAUUUUUUGAAGUGGCUUACCAUCUCCAGGGUGUCCGUAUUCCGUAUGAUAUUCCUCGGUAUAAUUACACCUUUCUCCUUUUAAACCCUGUAUCUCUCAGGCAAGAUGUGGACUGUUUCUUAUUAUGUGGCUUUCCUGUUUUGCACCAGAUUCAAACUUGGUUGCGUGAUUUGCACUCGGCUCUUUUUUCAGCCGCCCUUUUCCCCCCUCAAACAAAGUUGGGAAUUAAGGGGAAGAGGUAGCUGUACGCAGUAAGGUUACAUUUCAUAGCAAAAGAUAGUCUGACGUCCAGCCCAGUCAAGUUUAGACUGCAAAAUAGACCGCCCUUUUGUGCAGGUGCGGGUCAACAACGUGCGAGCGGUCAAAAGAGAGUCCUGGCGUGCAUUUAUUUAUUUUAGUAUUUUGCCACAUAGAAUAAAUUACAAGGAGAAUAAAAAAGAUAAUAAAUAGGUAGUAACAUUAAAUACACAGGAGCCCAUUAUGGGCUCCUGGCUUACAGCUUGGAAGUAGUGACAUGCGGCGGGUUACCCCACCUAACACAGGGGCGGAUCCAGGAUUUUUUUUAGGAGGGGGUGCACUCGUCUCUUGUUCUACUUCAACACCAAUAAAUUACAUAGUUUUUUUUUUUCAGAAUACCUGUUGUAUUAGAAAACCGCAGGUCAUCUCAGGUGGGGUGCGCACCCCCUGCACCCUUCACCCUGUAACAUGUAAACGUGAUCACAUUAAAAUGAGAGAUUAUAUGGACAGGCGGGUUACCCCACCUAAGCGGGUUACCUCACGUACCUGGGCCCUGGGGUCCCCCAACUCUAUGUAAACAGGCCCUAAGUAUAUAAGUGUGUUUAGCGUAAAAAUAUAGAUAUCGUAGGUUGCAUCCUGUACGUCUGACCCUUUUCAAGACUUCCGAAGAGUUUUGUGGUCCGGAACGUUUCUGCUCUUUGGAGUGUUUCAGGUGUUUGUGGAAAGUAGGCAAACAUAAGUCUCCAUCUGGCAAAGUUUUUCUCAAACUGUCGGGAACCCUUCUGUAUCUUUUGAUCGCCUGGUCAUUUCUAGAAACGGGAACCAGACCCCGGAGUCCAACAUCGUUAUGCAGUAUUCAGUAUCACGUCUCCGCAUUUUAACCUACAACCCCUACACAUAGAAACUGAUGUCUCGUCAACGGAACCACAUGGCUCAUGAAUUUGAAUCUCUCGACUGGCACGAAUUCUUGUCAAACCCGAAAAGUUACUUUAGGAACCUGACCAUGCAGGAGUGAAAGCGGGAACAGAAAGGAGGAGGGCUCCUAUCAUAUGGUCAAGUUCGUCGUUCCUUUCCAAGAUAUCUUAAACAUUAUCAAGUACCCCGUAAAAAGAAGAAUGACAACUUUAACGAUACUUUCAAAAUUUAACGGUACUAUGCGGAAGUAUACUAUGAUAGGAGUGGAUUUGAUUACCAAGGACGACAUAAAACAAAAGAAGCAGCUCUGACAACGGCUGUUGAUGACAAAAGCACUUUAAAUAUAAAAAAAAUAUUGAUUAUAAAGGAAUAUUGUUUAAAAUGUAUAUGAUAUAAGAACAGGUGCCAGGUUCAGGGUAGGGCUAGGGGAUGACUCAGCAAUGUUAGAAAUAUAGUACGUGAACGGUUGACUGAAACGAGGAACUGGAAAAUUGAUUCUGUGAUAACUGUUGAUAUUGGCAGGUUUACAAAGGUCAAACUAGAGGAAGUGCGCGCCUUCCACGAAAUAUGCGCGAGUCUUGUCUGAGAGUUUCUAAGGCAACCCCCAAAAAUAAUGCUUGAGAAUCUACGCUCAGGAAUGGUAUUAACUUUUUAGUAUCCUCAGGUGAAUUUAGACAAGUAUGUACAAAUUGUACAUCCAUUAAAAAGUAAAAGACGCUCGAUAUCAUUUCCCUUCGGUUUCAAACUUGCGUGAUCCAUUUUUGAGAUCGAUUUCCGGAGGUGUUCCGUUACGUCAUCGGAAGGAGAUCGUGGAUUUGUUCGCUUUCCGCGCAGGCUUCGAAAAGCAUGCGUAUUUGACUGGAGGACCCGCGAAACAUUGAUAGACCUGUAUGGAGACAAAAGUGGCCGUGUGUUUGGGAUGGCAAAGUUCGCUGUGAGGAGAUAUUCUGAUCCCUUCUACGUCUUAGCGCUGAAGGAGGCUAUUGUGAAAAUUUCGGCUCAGAAACAGUGUCCGAAUGAAGGAAGGAUUGUACGAUCAGUGCUUCAAGAAUUUGAUUGGAGUAAGUCUGAGAUUCUUCGGCAGUUGAAGUUUGCGGUAAAAGAUGGCUUGAUUCUUCAAGUUACUACCUUCUCAAGCCACGGUAGUACUAAAGGAAUCCCACAGACGGCGUACAGAGUUCUUCGAAAGGACGAAGAGGACGAUGUGAGUAAAAUAAUUCGUUCCAUGUGUUAGAACACGCGUUCUUUAGUUUCGCAGGAAGUGACUAGAUGCGCAAGCGAUGUUAGAAGGCCUCUUAUUGUUUAGGUAUUAUAAGCUUACUUAAACGCGGGGGCGGUUCUUUUCUCGUCCCUAACGUCUUUUACCGUCGAGGGAAAAGCACGACAUGGCAAGUAUACAUAAGUGAAUGUAUUUUAGGGUUAUUUAAUGACAAAAACUUUAUGAUGAAAUAGUUCUGUUUGGGAAGUCACAGUUCAGUGAUUUUAAACCCGUCUGAAUAUUCAUGCAAAUUGUUAUUGAACAAAACCGGAAUAUUCAUAACACGAAAAAAUACAAGAGUCUAUUCACUAGUUUCUUUUAGAAUGGGAAGAAAAAAAUGAUUAGAUAAGUUUUGUGCCUGUUACCUUGAGUUUAUGUAGCUUAAAAAUGCGUUCUGACAUGCCGUGAGAAUGUUGAACGCAAGUGCUUGUUGGUAUUUUGAACUCCGCUUCACUUUAAUGCAGAUUAGAGGUUCUUGUGCCUAAUUGUUAUGUUCCACGUUUAUUGAGGUUUGUCUAUGAAUAUUUAUUGAUAUUGGGGGCCACUUAAACUCUUCUGCCGGUGAAUUUAUCAUUGCUUCAAUUAUCACGAUUGAAAAAAAGAGGGAUAGUUCAUUUCUAAUCACGGAAGAUUUCUCAUCUAAGCGUGAUGAAGUCAUCGGCCGUGUCCCCUUCUCAGGUUUUAAACAUCAAGUAAUGAAAGUCGUGUUUUUUCUUUAUCUCUUACGUUGGAUCCACUGGUUUAAUUAAUGCUCGUUGGUUACGGUAAUUGUUUUCUUAAUUUGCAUAUGUUUGCAUACACAUUGCCAUUGAAAUCUUCUACCGAAAUUGAACGCCAUUUCUUUUCGGAAGUAAACAAUUCCUCCACAGAUGUGCCCGUUAUCUGGCCGACCAGAAUUGUAACAGUCACUGCAUUACCAAAAUUAAGAGUAUUCUAAUUGAGAACUGAUCGUUAUCGCAAAAAGCACUAAUUCCGAGAGUCGUGUUUGACUUUCUGAUGUAUAGUUGUAUUAAAAAGCGCACGACAGAACGUGGAUAAUGGCACCUUAGUGAGAUAUUGUUUUAUCCGGUCCUUUCUAAAUUUCCUAGUUACAUAUUUUCUUGUUUCUAGCUUAAUUAGCACUCCUUUUUAAACCUUAAGAUGCCAGUAGUCGUCUUCUGUUGAGUAUACAGUGUAUUUAGCUUGCCGUUGUCUUUCUCAACACCUUGCCAACACUAAUCAUUAUUAAGCACUGUUUUAGUUCAAAACCAGCCUUUUAAGUUCCUCACAAAACAGGGACUUCCAAUGUUAUUUUCAGAAAUGAUUAGUUUUCAAGUAUUCUUGGUUCAAAUCAAAAGGCGUGUGCUUGGUACAACAAUUAUUCUUUUUUUCUUCUUAGCCAGUAAUAUGAUGAUAAGUAUAGUAUUAGUUGGCAAUACUCAAGUUUCUGCGGGGGCGUGCUGUUCAUGGUUUAUGCGUGUCAGACUUCACUCCAUGAAGACAGGGUUGAAAUGCUUAACCCUCAGCUUGGCUCCAUGCCAUCACUUUGUCCCUUAGUUGAGAAAACUGUACAUUUGCCUCUCUCUAUCCAAGUUUUUAAUCAGUAGGGGAAACACAUGCUUGGGAUAUCCUUGGCAGAGAGUGGGGUUGGGUACUCCCAUUUAUGGACCCAUACUAACUGGCACUUGCUGUUGCCGUGUCUCAGUAAAUUUUUUCGGGUUAAUUUUUGUUGUGUCACUUAAUCUUAUCGUUUUGGAAAAAUUAAUAAAAUAAAAUAAAGAAAAUAUGGGCUGGAUAGGUAUGUUCUGCCCAGUAGGGUACGGUUUUGGAAGGUCUUGGACCUUGAAAAGGGUAUCAUUUGUGCCCUUGUUGGCAUUGUGUUCCUGGUGUGAUCUUUAGAUAGGGUACCUAAACUGUAUUAGCUUAAAUCAAUUGCAUAAAUGCCCAGCUACAAUAGAAACAAAUCAUUUGUUGAAACUGAACUAUCCUUCAGAGUAUUAGGAAUAGUAUUAGUUUAAGUGAAAGUGAUAAGAUCAUAAAAGUGUAGACCUUGUCUUACAACACUCUUAAAAAUUGUGGUCCCUAAAAUUUCAAGUUGGCUAUGUGCACUUGCAAUGUCAAGGACGCUUUUGCAUUCUUGGCCCUUAAUAACAUCCCUUCAUCUUAACCAAUCUGACAUGUGCAGGAUGUGAAAGGACUGCUAUGGAUGUGUAAAGAUCCUCGGCAGUAAUUACUCCUAGGGUCCAUUUUUCAUGUUAUGUGUACAUGAAUAGGGAGGAAACCUUACAUGAAAUUUAUGAGUCCAAUUCAUAUGCAGCAGAUUUUUGUUUUGAAGAGUGUAAUGAGCUAUCUUAGUAUACCCAAACAUAUCUGAAAUGUGCCCAAGAAUCUCAAAGACAUUCUGAAGGUGUGGCAAUGCUCUCAAGUUCUCUAGUGUCUUUCCUUAUAAAAUGGGAGAUUUUGAGACAAAAAGUUGCAUUAUUUAUGUGGACCUUUCUUUUCUCGCUUGAACUUUCAUGGAGUCAAGUUUUUAAAACUUUUGUACAUUUUGCAUCUUUUUCAGAUUUAUUAUACUAGUAAUUUUAUAUUUUCUUCAAAAUAUGUCAUUCAAGACUGUCAUAGCUCAAAUUUGUCUGCCAGGCAGAAAUCAGUCUGCAGGUACAGUGUAUGAGCUGGACGAGAUUGAAGUUUGCAAUCCUCAGGGCAGAGACUCAUACUGAAAGUGUGAGAUUUGGCAGGUGUAUUAUUUUAAGCAGUGACCUUUGAGAAAGAGGCCAGAGCAAGCUGAGGAUCAUUCUUAUAUGACAAUAUUCUUGUAAACAUUAAAGCAGUAACCAAGAAAAACAUUGUCUUGUAACAAACCUUCUAGUACAGGUGUCCUUUGUUAUAAAAUUUUCUGUCCCCUUAUCUUUCAUUUUCUACUCAUCCUUAGAUUUCUUUUUCUGUUUAAUUCAUUGCCAACUUUAGGGUAAAUAAAUUUGCAGUAACUUAUAGUUUUGUCUUUUUCUUUGUGACAGGAAGAAAUAGAAAAUCAAAGGAAAAAACUUUCAGCUAACACACAUGACUGGUACUGUUGGGAGUGUCAUAAAGCAGGGGAAGUUAUUGCUUGUGAAUAUUGCCCACGUGUAUUUCACAAGAAAUGUGCACAUUCAGGAACAGUAAUCAAUGGCAAGUGGAAGUGCCCUUCAUGCCAGGUAGUCUACAAGUCAUUUUGGAGUGUUUUUUCUGUGUAUUUGUAGUUUGCAGUUAUAUCUGUAGGUUGUUGACAUUUACACUUUUGAACAAAGCACCAUGUCUCCAGACAAACCUAUUUUAGGAUGGGAUCUGUUUUCUUUGUAUUAAUAACAUUACAGGAUUCUCGGCAGUACUGUCCACUACAAGUACCAGCAAUAUUAUUUUUUAGUAAAAUCCAGCUAGUGUUCUAUUAUGAAUGCUGCAUUCUGAUUGGUUGAGCUACUACUAGGCUAUAUGUUAUAGCCCACUCGUAGCGAAAAGCGCCGGCUUUUUGGCAGCAAAAAAGGAUUAAAGUCUGGCUUUAACUAGCUAAAGUUGAUUUGUCUUGAUAUUUUUGACCAACUAGUUGGAUUUUACAAAAACAAUUAUUCCUCGAGCCCAAAUGGUCUCUGAGUCAAAAGCCCAUUCGGCCUUCAGCCUCAUGGGUUAUUGACUCAGAGCCCAUUCGGGCUUGAGGAAUAAUUGUUAAAUAUGCCAACAGCCACCUCUCUACAAUGGCCACUUUUUUUGGCAGACAGUCCAUACAUUGACUCUUGUUUAAACCUCUCUACAAUGGCCACUUUCUUCUGUCCACAAGGUGGCCGUUGUGGGGAGUUUCAACUGUAUCAUCAAACUGUUUCGUAGCUAGUCUUAAAACCAGGGGCAUUUCUUGUUUUGUUUUAAGUGACCAACCAAAAUAUUUUGUUUUUGCGCAAAGGUGUUUGCUUAUGACAGGGUUUACUUAUGGGAGGUGGUUGCAUGUGGAGUGUGGAAUGUAGUAAAUUUCUGUGAUGAAAAAUAACCUUUUCUUAAUUUCUGGAUCUAUAGCCGCAGAAGUUACCUGCACUCAUGUCCAGCAAAACUGCAGAACAACUUACCAAGCUCUUGAAGUUUACUCUUGAGAGGAUGAAAGAAAAGGUACUGUUAUGCGGAUAAUUAUCUCAAGGUUGCAAAUGAUAAUGCAACAACUGUAGCUGAUGUUUUUAAGAGCUGUUAUAUUAUAUAGAGGAUAUUACACGGUGGCGCAAAGAUCUGAAUUUUAUUUUCGAGUGGCAAAACAAUAUUUUAUGAAUGAGCACAGCUAGCCUGCGAAAACAUCCGUUUCUCCUCGCUCUUCACCGCUUGGGACGUUUCGCAAGGAUGAACGUCUGCGACUCAGCGGCAGAAAUUCCAUACUGAUGACACAAUCCAAUGUUUACAAAAUAAAUCCAGUGGUCAUGGGGUUCCAAAUACAAAUUUGUCCAAUUUUAGGUGUCAUCUGGUCGAUUUUGGUAAAUUGUUGUGUUCAUCUGCCAACGAGCUCCAGCAAAACUCAAAUGCUUCUUACAGAGAAGACUAUAUUCCACAAAUAUUGACUGUUUUGUUAGAGAUUCUUCGCGUUUACAUUUGACCUUUGUGGCCUUUUGUCUUUUGUCUGUCAUUUGUAAACAAUAGCUAAAAGAAUCUAACUACUCCGUUGACCAAUCAGCGAUUCUGACCGGAUUCUGGACAGAUUCUACGUCAUCAGUAUGGAAUUUCUGUAACUGAGUCACAGUCGUUCCUCCGCGCGAAACGUCCCCAUCGGCAAAGAGCAAGGAGAAACGGAUGUUUUUGCAGGCUAGAGCGCAGCGAGUGAGUAAAAUAUUGUUUUUGCUACAAGAAAAUAAAAUUCAUAGCUUCAAGCCGCCGUGUAAUGUUCUUUUUAUUAUAUAGACAAAAAGACAUUGAUAAAAUAAUAGAGGGAAAUUACUGAAGUUACGUCAUCAAUGAACUCAUGUGUGAGAUUGUGGAAAAUAAACUGCUUGGGUCGGGGAUGUAGUUUUUAUGAAUUGUACGAGUGGUAUAUUUUCCAGUAAAACACUCGUGUCUAUUUAAUAAAUAGAGGUUAUUAUAUAGACAAAAAGGCAUCGAUAAAAUAAUAGAGGGAAAUGACCGAAAUUAUGUCAUUGAUAAACUCACGUGUGAGAUUAUGGAAGAUAAACCACUUGGGUCCCAGAUGUAGUUUUUAUGAAUUCUACGAGUGGUAUAUUUUCCAGUAAAACACUCGUGUCUAUAUAAUAAAUAGUAUUAUCACCCAAGUGAUCUACAGUAUUUACAUAUGUGUGUUAUUAUUAAGUAAAUGAAGGUUAAAGAAGCUAAUAAUGGUAAAUUAACUUCUGGACUUGCUGCUGUAAGCAGGAGUGUAAUAAUAAAUUGUUAUGAAAUGAAAUGGAAGGGCCCUGGAACAGUUCUUAGAUGUAAGGCUGUUUUUAAGCCGGAGGAAAAUUAAUUUUGUUUUAUAUGUAAUUUUCCCGAAGUUUACAAGUUUUUUGUUUUCGUUUUGGUGACUAUCACAGACGCAUGUAAGUUCUCUUUUCUUUGGCUGUAAAAUAUUAUUUCAUCUUGUAAUAAUCCACAUCGAGGCUUAAUAGUUAUUGUAAUUAAGAUACUGUAUGUUGUAUGAAAUCACCACUUGCCUAACUAUAGCUUGGACCAUACUAAAGAAAUCUGAAAGUAGAACUUUAAGCCAUCUCUUAUAAAUACAUGUUAGUUUGCAUUCUUCAGCACAUUCAUCAUGCACCAGUGUAAACUUUUGUAUUACAUAUUUAUUUAUUUAUUUACUCAUCAAUCUAUUUGAUUAUUAAUUUAAACAGGCUAAAGAAUACAUGGAACCAGUUUCAUUGGAAGAACACCCUGACUACGAAGAUUUUGUAUUUAAACCAAUGGAUCUAGUGAAAUUAGAACAUGUUAGUACUAAAGAUUAUAAUCCAAUUUUGGAUGAUUUACUGCACUUAACUAUUCGUCCCUCUGCAUAACAGAGAGUGAUGAACUAGCAGUCCUUCCAUAAGAAAAUGUGGCAAUACAUGUAGACAUUACAUGCCUCAUAUUUAGACUCAGUUUUGACAGGCCAAAUCCAGGCCAACAGGCCAAGUCUCCUGCAUGGGCGCCAGUAAUUUUUACUUUAGAUAUAACCUUUAUGAUGUCCAAGACUAUUCUGGGUAAAAUGAAUAUUGUGCAUGCUUAAACAGAACAAUUUUUACAGGGGUGCAAAGAUGGGAAACAAUAAUGCUUGUGCUUGUUUUUAGGUCUAAAACUGUUCAACCGUUAAACCCCUUAUAUCAACAUUUAAAUUCUCAUGAGGUGCCCUUAUACAUUUUCUACGAAGGUGGUGGGGAGAAAUUGUUGAAUUAUGAACUCAUUAUGUGAUCAUGUCCUUAAUUAUUGUCACCAAUCUGUUCACAUUGAUAUUUCAAGGAGAAAUUUGAUGCUGAUCAUUUUAGGGCUUAAAUUGUCAAGAACGUUCUUUUAUUAACGUUACCCCAUAGCAUUUUAUCUGCAUGCUCAAAAGCCACAAGUACUUGUCCUUAAAAUGUCUCCAUUUGACUAGAAUACAAAAUUCAGUGAAAGCACUGCAAGCACUGUCUGAUCAGAUUGUAAUGUGUGAUUUCUUUUAGAUGGUAGAGAAAAGGAGUUUUAAGACUCCCAGAGAAUUCAGGGAAGAAUCCCAGUGGAUGUUCCAUAAUUCAUUAAUUUAUUUUGGAGGUAAAAUACAGAAAUCAUUUUUUGUUUGUGGUCUUUGUUCAUGUUGUUCCAUUCUAGUUCAAAAUUGUUGUAGACAGUAAAGACUCCUUGUUGAUUAUACAAUGCCUUUGCUUUUUUUGUAAAGGUUCAUGAUAGAAUUGAAAUAAUUUCCUCUUUCAGAUGAUGAUUAUAUGACUGAUCUUGCAGAGGCUAUCAUGGAAGAUUGUGAUGGGGAGGUUAGUGAUUAAUAUGUCAGGUUUUAACUCAUCUUUCUAUUGAAUGUCGCUAACUACUUUUCUCCACACCUCAACGACUGUGAAAAACUUCAUUACAAAUACGUGAAGCCCCAUGAGAUGAAUGCGUUGUUUGGAUAACUGUAAAAUGUGUCUUACAAAAAAAAUUGUGUUUUGGGGCAAGAAGAUACUAAAAGAUGCAAAUAUUUACCCAGGGAAUGGAUUUCUUUUGCAUGAGUCAGCCACUUUGAGGGUUGGUAGGGUUGACUUCUUGUGCCAGUAGUUUCAGCGGUUAUUAUCUUCUGAACUUUGCGCAAGGUUUUGAGACCCUUUUCAGCACCGGGGGCCCAUACAGUCUGUUUGUGUAACUGAUUGCUUUUUAAUUUUAUAGUUUGUGUCAUCUAACUUCAUAGGUAGUGGUAUAUUGUUAAAUAUGUGCAUGGAUCGAUGCUAAAUAAACGUUGUGUUACCUUACCUUCAGGAAAUUGUUGUCUUUUUGCCUCAGAAGUGGUAUUUUGAGCCAUUUUGAAGGAUUUUGAGUUCGCUCUUUACUGUUAUUCCUCUUAAAUAAAAUUACAAUGCAAUUAGUUAUACAAACAGACCGUUUGGGCCCCCUGUGUUUUCAGUUAAUUCACCAGCAAACUACCCAUUUCUAUCUUUAAAAAAAUUUCAAUCCAGAUAGCGCAAAAUGUUUUUAUGCACAUCUUUACAGACCUUAGUAACCAUUUUCAUCUCAAAUAAUCCCCUCUUCAGCUUAAUGCUUCCUACUUGUAUAGCUUUUUGUAUUUGCAAGGGAAGUUUCUGCUAACUGUGAUAAUUUAACUAAUUUUUAGUUGGAGGAAAUGAUCCGAUGUCCUGAUUGUUAUUUGAUGUCCAAUGUGCGGAGUAAAAAUUGGUUUUGUAAACCAUGUGUAAGUGUCGUUUAGUAUUAAUCAAAACAAUCACGUGAAGUGAGAGGACAAUUUCCAUCACUUUUUGGCAAUAUUGCUGCUCCUUUGUAUAAAAUGCAAAACUCUGAGAACGUGUUGUGCAUUACUUUUUUCCUUUAGAAAAACAUAAAUGUGCCGGAAAAUCUUUGAUUUGUUGGAAAUUAAAAUUAAAACUUUAGUAUAUAAGAUCUGUAAAUUACUGUCUAGUCGUUUUCAGUUUCGUCACGCAACGCUCCUUUCCAGAAUAAUUCAUCCGUUUGUGAAGAGGAGCGUUGCGUGACAACACUAAAAGCGGCUGCCUAGGAGACUAACGUUCUUAGGGCUAAACGUGUGACGAAGCCAUGAGAGCGUCUGCGUCUUCUAUCUUAUGCGCAGCCAAACAUUUUUCCAGGAUAGUUGUUGACUUGAAUAACCACUGCCUCAGCUCUCUAUUACGGGUUUAGCUAUAAGACAGCCUGAGAAAGCAACCGUCAUUUCUCGACGCCACUAUUGGUUUCCACGAAAUGGCGUCUGAAGAACAAGCGCAGAAAUUCCAUGCUGAUGACGUGUUGCUACCCAGAUCUGGGGACUGAAACAAGUUUCCCACGCGACAUGACUAAUCAAAAGCACUGACCAGACCUUGGUAGGGACACUUAAUCAGCAUGGAAUUUCUGCGCCCUUUUCUCAGGCCCCAUUUCUCGAGGAAACCAGUGGUGUCGUCGCAAAAUGCCGACUAUUUUCCCAGGCUACCUUCAAGGCUUCUUUCAUUCGCUUCUUGCCGUAGCUCUUUGCUGUAUAAACCAGCUAUUAACUGAAACAGUAAUUAUAAUUUUUGCAAAAGGAUCGUCCUUGGUUUUGAAAAAUUUAAAAAUGGAGAUCUGAAGAGUACAAGGGCAAGGUUGAUUGUAAUUGUGCUUUAUUGUAGUACUUUCCUCAUGAGCUUGUCUGGGCAAAGAUGACAGGAGAACCACCGUGGCCAGCCAAAGUAAGUCAUAUAACCACACGGUAACUGUUAACGCCCGAAAGUCAUCUCGCCCGAACCCCGGAGUUAAUUCACACUUAGAUACAUAGUCUCUGAACCUAGAAAACUUUAAAAAGGUGUAUUUGAAAACAGGAUUAAGCGUUAAAAGGUCGUGACUGCAUAGCUUUGUAGCAGGCGACAUAACCUCGGGCGAGAUGAUAUUCGGGUGAGUUUGACCGUAAAACAUUGAGUGACGCAUGUCAAUCGGAAGUGAGCCGUUUUCUCUUUCAACAUACCUUGACGUUACCAAAUUUGUAUUGCUAAUGGUCUUUACUCUUAUGGAGACGAUUUGCCGGAGAAUUAGCUCAACAUCUCGGCCUAAGAGUGCAAAAAGUCCAGUUCCGGUUGACGUGUAUGCUGAAAAACGCUAGGAAGAUCCCAGUACUAGGGACAAACCAGAAAAAAAAAUGGCGGCGGGCAGUUUAGUGGUUACUGACGGUAAUAAGCCGACCAUUUCGUUAGGCGUUACCAGGACUUGAUUAUUGUGGUAAUUCUGUAGAAAGGUAGUUGUUAACGCCAGUAAAAGAAGAAGGGCCCAAAUCGCAUUUUUGUUUUUGUCGCCCGCCGUCUUUAAUUCGUUUUUUACCUGGGCACCACACGGACCGAAAUUUCUGCAGGUAACCCAACGAAAAGUUGUCCCGCCUUCGAGGAUCUUCCUUCCUCCAUGUAAACAGCCCUGCAGGCACCCUGAACGUCCCGGCAACGAGAACAACAGAAAGCAAUAGGUUGCGCAAAACGGCUGCACGUGCCUCACGCUUUUUUUGUAAAUUUUUUUGCCUUCGCUGCACAACUACAACGUUACUUGAGAACGGCAGAGGCGAUAAAUUUCACCAGCUCUCUUCGAACUCGGACGCGUUCCCCUCUCUUCAGUUUCAGUCUAAUUUCCCUACUUUUAGGUAGCUGGGUGACUUGGUAUAAGGGCGCAAAAGUUUGAGAGGACGAAAAGUCAAUUUUUCAGUAACCUUUUCAUUGGCGUCGCCGUUAUCAGAUUGUAAGGUCCCUAGUGAACACAAGACAAGGCUGUUUUCCUGUUUCUUUCUGUCAACUUAGAAGCGAUCCUUUAGAAUUUAGCGCCUAAAAAAUUCGCAGCAUUAAACAAAUUGGCGAGAUGGAAUGAGAGCGAUGAAGUUUAAAAUUGCGCGAAGUGACCGUUUCGUCGCCAUCGCGAGACAAAGUCAUGGUGUUGAUUUACUGAACAAGACUCUGAAGACUAUUACUAUCACUUGCCUACAGCUCAUUCCCCUACAUCGACCCUAUAGGUGCUGUGUGCUAAGUAAAAAUGUAUCACAACUUUUGUUUCAGUUACUAAGCUGGAGUGAGGACAAUACAAAAGCUUUAGUUCGAUUCUUUGGCUCCGCUCACCAGAGGUACGACUACACUUGAUUUGUUGUUUUAAUUGUCUUUGUUUUCCUGGUUAUUUGUAAAACAUGGUGAAAGGCAACUUCCACUUUGAAACGCAUUUCAAUCAUAUUGAAAUGAUUUGAAACGCAGUUCAGUACCCACAGAAUGUUGCCUCAUCAACUUACAAAAUCAGAAUUCAACAGGUGAUUUACUCUGGUUUGACUGAAACGAUACUGGCGACCCGAAAAGAUACUGACAUUUUUAUGCGGAAAAGAUAAUUUGAAGCUGUUAUUCUGCUUCGGCCGCCUUGCCGGCGUAUGUUUUACUUGAGUCAAAACUCCUAUACUUGCGCUUCUGCUGACGUCCUUGGUGAAAUUAGGGACGUAUAGAAAGAAUAGAAAGAAACAGGACUCGAAGUUGUUUAACAUGGGUAAAGCACAUGAGGGAGAUUUUUCUCAUUGUUGAAGCAGAAUUUAGGGUCAAGUAAUACGGGCAACAUUUUCGCUCAACCGUUGCAUUGCAAAUUGAAAAGCGUUGUUGCCCGUAUUACCACAUUCGCUCUCAACUUGUCACGUAACAAAUUUCAAUGUUGCAAGUUGCGGCAACAUGUUGCACAAAGUAGACCCGAGUUCUACUUUUGGCAACCAACUUUCAAUUUUAUCACUUGUGUGACAACGCUUGUAAUUGGUCGAUUUUCCCGCGCUAAAGGCGCGGGAAAGAUGGUGAAUAAGCGCGCGCUUGACCUCGGGCAAAUUUAGGCAGGAAGUAAACAUGGCGGAGGUUGUAGAGGGUGAUCAUGUUUAAGCCCAAGAUUGUCAUUUAAAAAGUGAAAAAAUGUCAGAGGCCCAAAGAAAAGAUUGAUGCAAAGAACUUGACAAGCCCCCAUGUCUAUGGGAAACUUGUUGAGCGAAUUAUAAAAACAAGCAGCGGAGGACAAGAGCUUUGGAUCAGUUAUCGUUCAUGUCAAAACUCUAAGCAACAAUAGGGCCAUUUAUACGAGGAAAACUAAGACGCGAACUUUCCGUAUAAACGGCACAUUUCGUCUAAAAUAAGACGCGGCUUAGCUAAGACGCGUCUUAUUAGAUAAGACAUGCUCGUAUAAAUGGUACAGUUCGCGUCUUAUUUAAGACGCGUCUUAUGUAAGACGCGUCUUCCUCGUAUAAAUGGCCCUAAUGUUUCCCGCCCGACUCAAGUUCCUUUACCAGCUAAUGGUAAAGCCUCUCUCUUCCCGCAAAGCAAUCCACUCUAUUAUGUAAACCUUUCGGUUUCUUUUGCGUGGUUUUGACCUUCUUCGUCCAUUGAUAAUCCUUAACCAAAGAGGCUGUCCCUCGCUUUCUUAGAAAGGCCAGCGCGUCAGCGAUUUUGUUUUGCUGACACAAAACACACCGUUGACCAAUCACAACGCGGGAUUUUCUAAAAUGAGCCGCAACUUGCACCAUUGAAAUUUGUUGCGUGACAAGUUGAGUGCGAGCUUGCAAUGCAACAAUUUUGCGCGACAAGUUGAGCGAAAAUGUUGCCCGUAUUACUUGACCUUUAAGAUGACUGGGCACUGGUAAUAUAAUGCUGUUUAUGAAAACAUUGCCUCAAUUUCAUGUUUGGCAUUGCGUGUUUUUGACGAUGGAAAACGUGCUGGAAUUCGACCCUUAUGUCUCUUAAAGAGCCUUUAAAGGGCAAAUAUACAGCUUUAUAUUUAAGAUGAACUGAAAAAUAUAUAUCGCAUUACUCUUUAUUGGCAACAAAGGCGUUGUGAAAACGAAAAAAGAAACCUUUCGACAGAUGAGAAGUGAAUUGGUAUUUGAUAGAUUUGUAGAAACGCCACUUUUAAAAGUCAUUGCCACCUUCCUCAAGGAAACGCCUGUAGUUUCUAUUUUAUUAGUAAUUUUAGAGAAAGUCAAUGUUUGUAAACUGUUUGCAUAUUUCUUUGUAUGAAAACAAACCAAAUCAUACGCACUUAGAGGAAAACUCUUUGAAAAUGGGUAAAAAAAAUGCCCGUUUUCAGUUACAAAUUGGUCUAAAUGUACACUCGUGGUCAUGAUCUAGUGCUCCAAAAUUCCGGCAGCCAGCCAAGCACUGUAACCACUGGGAAAUGCUUGCAAGGUACGCUGGCUCUUGGUGGAAAGUUAGAUUUACCGUUUCUUCACUAUUUAUUUCUCUUGUUGUAGAUAAUUUUGACAAAGGGCCUUAAUGACCGGCAGCCUGUCGAAGUUUUCGAAUGACUAAGUGAUCGAAUUUCCCUCUUGCGUAGAUAAAGCAAUCUUGGUGUAGGGAUUUAGCAGGGCUCGGAAAAAAUUUGAAUUGCAAGUAAGCUUUACAAGUAACUUGCCCCGCGAUAAAAUCUACUUGUCCCGCAUUGCCGGACGGGACUUUUUACGAGCUAUGUUUAGGGCUGGAAACACGGAAUAUGGAUGUUUGUACUUGGUUACAACCGUGUAGUGUUUUGAAUACCUUGACUGGAAACUGCGCAGCGGCCAUUUACUGCUUUGUCUGUUCUCUUUUGAAAAGAGCCUGGGUCGGCCGGAAACACGUCAUACCGAUCACAAGUAAACCGGAAGUAAAGAAGCGUUCUCAGAGAUGGGUACAGGCUUGUGACGAGAUGAAAGAAUAUCAACGACAACUCACUUUGCUUUACCCCGACGCAAGAAAUGAACAAGUAUCUGUGAGUGUUGUAACCUUAAUUCUCCCCAUUUGAGAUAACAUGUAUCGUGAAAGUCACCUGCGAGCAGCACGCGCGUUCUCUAUUCUCCGCUAGUCUUUGGUUUUCGCAAACUAUUUAUUUAUUAGUGCGGCUUAUGAUUAAGAUGUUAUUUCAUCAUCAAUCGUAACUGUAACGAUGUUCUGCAAUCUUAUUGGCUAUUUAAUAAAUAGACGACAAUUUUCUAUGGUCUAUACUUCUCUUUAGCAGACGGCAGUCCAUUUCUCGCUCGCUGAUUGGUCGAGAGCAAGAGAUCAUUGUGGCUCUUGUCGAGAGCUUAUGGUCGAUAAGAGUAGAGGCCAUAGAAAUGACGUCAUGAUGAUGCAAUUUGUCUUUCUCUUUCGUGCGAAAUUUCACCGGAAAUGGGCGUCAAAAACCAACGGUGUUAUUGUAAAAAAUAUAAAUCGAUAACAUUACUCUUAUCGACCUAGAAAUGACGUCGAAAUGUUCAAAACUUUAAAGGAAACCACUCGCCUGCAGGUGUGGUUCUACUUAAGUUUUGUGUGUUUCCGGGGGGGAGGACUGCUUCUCUAUGGAGGGCGUGGCCCCGAACUUCGCCCCUUGUCACUACUUGCAACAACAAUGAAUUGUGAUGUUUUGUUUAAUUUAUUUUAACAGUUGUUGAUAAUCUAUGUUUGUUUUCUGGAGCCCCAAACGCUGGUAAACGUUUUACUAUGUGAUAUCUGAGAAAUCCUCCUAGCUGUCUAACAGAGUUCACUAAAGGGACACAGUUGUUGGUUAACCCAGACAUUCUUUGAUCCAUUCGAAAAAAAAAAGGGGGAUUCUUUUACGUCAGCUGACAAAGUUUAAAUCUGGCCUCUGUUUCAGACCCCACAACCAGCCCCCAAAAGUGAGUCGAAGGAAAGUCAGACAGACGGAACGUAUAACCAAGAGGAAAAAGAAAAAAUCGAGCAGUUAGAAGACAAACUGAGGCGGCAAGAACAAGAGCUUAAAUCAGUGAAAGCCGACUUGGAAUGUGAACGAGAACGUGCUAAACAGUUAGUUGAUAACGUUAAAAAGAGAAAGGAGGAACAAGAUCAAAGAAUAUUGCGUGACAAGUCUGUUGUUAGUAAGCAAAGUUGUGACGAAACAUCGGAGAAUUGCAGUAGUGGUACUCCGACAAUUGACCUGUCUACUACAAGGGAUCAACCCAAUGUUAUUAAAAUGUUGCAAGAGGCGCUUGAGCGGGAGCGUCAAGAGAAGAAAGACCUUAUUGAAAAAGUCACGCGCGAUUCGCAAAAGAACAAGGACCGAGAGAUCCAGCAGGCCGUGAAGAGAGCCGUAAAUAAGGAGAGAUUGGAACGAGAACGCGUGACGGACGAUGCAGUUAAGAGAGCGCUGGAAAAAAGCAAACAAGAAAGGGAAAAGCAUAUUCAAAAAGCGCUACAGAUCGCAAAGGACGAAGCUGAAAAGUCCGUGCAGGAAGCAGUGAGCUUAGCGAAGAAGAAGCAGUGGUGUGCAAAUUGCCGCGCGGAAGCUUUUUAUCCGUGUUGUUGGAACACAAGUUAUUGUACAUUGGAGUGUCAAAAAACUCACUGGUGUACUCACAGGUUCCAUUGUAUGAGGGUACCGUGUAACUGCAACAGAGAAAGCCCUCUCACACGCACGUGA